AUGUGUCGGCUUCGUCAGGUCAGACAGCCAGUCCAUCUCCUCCAGGCCUCUCGUCCAGCAGCAGCUUCAGCUUCGUCAGGUCAGACAGCCAGUCCAUCUCCUCCAUGCCUCUCAUCCAGCAGCAGCUUCGUCAGGUCAGACAGCCAGUCCAUCUCCUCCGUGCCUCUCAUCCAGCAGCAGCUUCAGCUUCGUCAGGUCAGACAGCCAGUCCAUCUCCUCCGUGCCUCUAAUCCAGCAGCAGCUUCAGAUUCGUCAGGUCUGACAGUCAGUCCAUCUCCUCCGUGCCUCUCGUCCAGCAGCAGCUUCAGCUUCGUCAGGUCAGACAGCCAGUCCAUCUCCUCCGUGCCUCUCGUCCAGCAGCAGCUUCAGCUUCGUCAGGUCAGACAGCCAGUCCAUCUCCUCCGUGCCUCUCAUCCAGCAGCAGCUUCGUCAGGUCAGACAGCCAGUCCAUCUCCUCCGUGCCUCUCGUCCAGCAGCAGCUUCAGCUUCAUCAGCAGCAGCUUCGUCAGGUCAGACAGCCAGUCCAUCUCCUCCGUGCCUCUCAUCCAGCAGCAGCUUCGUCAGCUGCAGCUCCAGCUUCGUCAGGUCAGACAGCCAGUCCAUCUCCUCCGUGCCUCUCAUCCAGCAGCAGCUUCAGCUUCGUCAGGUCAGACAGCCAGUCCAUCUCCUCCGUGCCUCUCAUCCAGCAGCAGCUUCAGCUUCGUCAGCAGCAGCUUCAGCUUCGUCAGGUCAGACAGCCAGUCCAUCUCCUCCGUGCCUCUCAUCCAGCAGCAGCUUCAGCUUCGUCAGGUCAGACAGCCAGUCCAUCUCCUCCGUGCCUCUCAUCCAGCAGCAGCUUCAGCUUCAUCAGGUCAGACAGCCAGUCCAUCUCCUCCGUGCCUCUCGUCCAGCUUCAGCUUCGUCAGCAGUAGCUUCAGCUUCGUCAGGUCAGACAGCCAGUCCAGACAGCCAGUCCAUCUCCUCCGUGCCUCUCGUCCAGCUUCAGCUUCGUCAGGUCAGACAGCCAGUCCAUCUCCUCCGUGCCUCUCGUCCAGCUGCAGCUUCGUCAGCAGCAGCUCCAGCUUCGUCAGAUCAGACAGCCAGUCCAUCUCCUCCGUGCCUCUCAUGCAGCAGCAGCUUCAGCUUCGUCAGGUCAGACAGCCAGUCCAUCUCCUCCGUGCCUCUCAUCCAACAGCAGCUUCAGCUUCAUCAGGUCAGACAGCCAGUCCAUCUCCUCCGUGCCUCUCGUCCAGCUUCAGCUUCGUCAGGUCAGACAGCCAGUCCAUCUCCUCCGUGCCUCUCAUCCAGCAGCAGCUUCAGCUUCAUCAGGUCAGACAGCCAGUCCAUCUCCUCCGUGCCUCUCAUCCAGCAGCAGCUUCGUCAGGUCAGACAGCCAGUCCAUCUCCUCCGUGCCUCUCAUCCAGCAGCAGCUUCAGCUUCAUCAGGUCAGACAGCCAGUCCAUCUCCUCCGUGCCUCUCAUCCAGCAGCAGCUUCAUCAGGUCAGACCAUCUCCUCUGUGCCUCUCGUCCAGCUGCAGCUUUGUCAGGUCAGACAGCCAGUCCAUCUCCUCCGUGCCUCUCGUCCAGCUGCAGCUUCGUCAGGUCAGACAGCCAGUCCAUCUCCUCCGUGCCUCUAAUCCAGCUCCAGCUUCGUCAGGUCAGACAGCCAGUCCAUCUCCUCCGUGCCUCUCAUCCAGCAGCAGCUUCAGCUUCGUCAGGUCAGACAGCCAGUCCAUCUCCUCCGUGCCUCUCAUCCAGCAGCAGCUUCAGCUUCGUCAGGUCAGACAGCCAGUCCAUCUCCUCCGUGCCUCUCAUCCAGCAGCAGCUUCAUCAGGUCAGACAGUCAGUCCAUCUCCUCUGUGCCUCUUGUCCAGCUGCAGCUCCAGCUUCGUCAGGUCAGACAGCCAGUCCAUCUCCUCCGUGCCUCUCAUCCAGCAGCAGCUUCAGCUUCGUCAGGUCAGACAGCCAGUCCAUCUCCUCCGUGCCUCUCAUCCAGCAGCAGCUUCAGCUUCGUCAGGUCAGACAGCCAGUCCAUCUCCUCCGUGCCUCUCAUCCAGCAGCAGCUUCAGCUUCGUCAGGUCAGACAGCCAGUCCAUCUCCUCCGUGCCUCUCAUCCAGCAGCAGCUUCAUCAGGUCAGACAGUCAGUCCAUCUCCUCUGUGCCUCUUGUCCAGCUGCAGCUCCAGCUUCGUCAGGUCAGACAGCCAGUCCAUCUCCUCCGUGCCUCUCAUCCAGCAGCAGCUUCAGCUUCGUCAGGUCAGACAGCCAGUCCAUCUCCUCCGUGCCUCUCAUCCAGCAGCAGCUUCAGCUUCGUCAGGUCAGACAGCCAGUCCAUCUCCUCCGUGCCUCUCAUCCAGCAGCAGCUUCAGCUUCAUCAGGUCAGACAGCCAGUCCAUCUCCUCCGUGCCUCUCGUCCAGCUUCAGCUUCGUCAGCAGCAGCUCCAGCUUCGUCAGGUCAGACAGCCAGUCCAUCUCCUCCGUGCCUCUCAUCCAGCAGCAGCUUCAGCUUCGUCAGGUCAGACAGCCAGUCCAGACAGCCAGUCCAUCUCCUCCGUGCCUCUCGUCCAGCUUCAGCUUCGUCAGCUUCGUCAGGUCAGACAGCCAGUCCAUCUCCUCCGUGCCUCUCAUCCAGCUUCAGCUUCGUCAGGUCAGAUAG